AUGCACGGGGAGGUCUGCCACCUGCACAUUGGGCAGGCUGGCACUCAGCUUGGUAAUGCCGCUUGGGAAUUGUACCUACUCGAGCACGGCCUGAAGGCUGACGGUCGUCCUGACCCUGACGCCAACGUCGGCGAUCCUGGCGCCUUCGAGACCUUCUUCACCGAAACCAGCAACAACAAGCACGUCCCCCGUUCCAUUUUCGUCGAUCUCGAUCCCUCUCCGAUCGAUGAAAUUCGGACAGGAAAAUACAGAUCCCUUUUCCACCCGGAGCUCUUGAUUAGUGGAAAGGAAGACGCGGCAAACAACUACGCUCGAGGUCACUACACCAUUGGUAAAGAGCUGGUCGAUGAUGUCUUGGACAAGAUCCGUCGCGUUGCCGACAACUGCACAUCCUUACAAGGAUUCUUGAUCUUCCAUUCCUUCGGAGGUGGUACUGGUUCUGGCUUUGGAGCUCUCCUUCUUGAGAGACUCUCUGUCGACUAUGGCAAGAAGUGCAAGUUGGAGUUCGCCGUCUAUCCCGCCCCCCAAGUGUCAUCGUCGGUCGUGGAACCAUACAAUGCUGUCCUCUCGACUCACAGCACCAUCGAACAUGCCGAUUGUACCUUCUUGGUUGACAACGAGGCCGUUUACGACAUCUGUCGUCGCAAUCUUGACAUUCCUCGCCCGGACUACGAGCACUUGAAUCGCCUCAUUGCCCAAGUCGUCUCUUCCGUGACCUCGAGUCUACGAUUUGAUGGCGCAUUGAACGUCGACUUGAACGAAUUCCAAACCAACCUGGUGCCAUAUCCCCGCAUCCACUACCCGCUCAUCAGCUACGCACCGGUUAUCUCGACCAAGCGAUCUUCCCAUGAGAGCUUCAAAGUGCACGACCUCACUCUGCAAUGCUUCGAACCCAAUAACCAGAUGGUCGUCUGUGAUCCUCGCAAUGGCAAAUACAUGGCUGUCGCACUCCUAUACCGUGGUGACGUGGUUCCUCGUGAUGCCAAUGCCGCCAUUGCUUCUCUCAAAGCAAAGUCGAGUUUCCACUUGGUCGAUUGGUGUCCUACUGGAUUCAAAGUGGGAAUCAACUAUCAGCCUCCUAUGCCUGUUCCGGGCGGCGAAUUGGCCAAAGUCGAUCGCUCCGUGAGCAUGUUGUCCAACACCACGGCCAUUGCCGAAGCAUGGAGCCGACUCGACCACAAGUUUGAUCUCAUGUAUUCGAAGCGUGCAUUUGUCCACUGGUACGUCGGCGAAGGAAUGGAGGAAGGCGAAUUCUCCGAGGCGCGAGAAGACCUGGCGGCGUUGGAGAAAGACUAUGAAGAGGUCGCGAGCGACAGCUUGGAAGUCGAAGACGAGGCCGGCGCCGAAUACUAA